AUGUCUAAACGCGAUCAUCAUCCUAGUUCAGAACGAUUUAUACCUGCUUUAUGGAAACAAAGACGUAGUUUUAUUCUGGACACAUUAAGUCGAUUCCAAGUUGAAUCAGUACUUGAUUAUGGAUGUGGUGAAGCAAGUGUACUUUCAUUCUUGACGUGUCCAGAACUCAAAUUUCGUCGAUUAGCAGGGAUCGAUAUUGAUCCUGGUGUACUUGAAGAAGCUAUUGGAGAAUGUAUGCCGAUUCAAUCCGAUUAUGCUUUUCCUCGAUCCGAUUCGCUUCAUGUUGACAUCUAUCAAGGCUCAAUUGGUGUUGCUGAUGAUAGAUUCACCACUUAUGAUGCUAUCGUGUGUUCUGAAGUGAUUGAGCAUGUCUAUGCUUCUGUGUUGGAUUCUUUUUUAGACUUGACACUGGGAACCUAUGGACCUGCAUUGAUGAUUGUCACAACACCUAAUUCAGAAUACAAUGUUCAUUUUCCUGAUCUCAAGUAUGGUACAUUGCAUGCGACAUUUCGCCAUGAUGAUCACAAGUUUGAAUGGACAAGAAAAGAAUUUGAAGCCUGGUGCCUUGAAGGUGCCAAUAAGUAUGGCUACCAAACUGAAUUUCAUGGCAUUGGUCUUUUAGAUGAUGAUACAAGCCAUGGUCAUUGUACACAAGCCUGUUUGUUUAUCAGACCUUAUGCUCGACAUUCAACUCCAUCUUUAGGCCAACGUCAUCAGUUAUUGAAGCAUAUUGAAUUUCCUUUUGAUUAUCAAAGAAAUCAAACGUUAUAUCCAGACCUUAUGUGA